AUGGGGGCAUGUAGGAAGGAGGAGCAAAAGUGCCUGGGUCUUGGGGUAUCCUUACAGAGCCUCAGAUCUUGCACUGGCAGCACACGGGGACACAGCAGCUGGACUGGGAACAGCAGGGUUUGCAGCAGCUGGACUGGCAGCAGGAUGACCCACAGCCUGAGGAGCAGCAGCAGGGCUUACAGCAGCUGGACUGGGAGCAGCAGGGUUUGCAGCAGCUGGACUGGCAGCAGGAUGACCCACAGCCUGAGGAGGAGGAGCAGCAGGGCUUACAGCAGCUGGACUGGGAGCUCCCACAGGAGCCACAGCCCCCCUUGGAGCCUUCACAGGAACCACAGCCCCCUUUGGAACCCCCACAAGAGCCACAACCCCCCUUGGAGCCCCCACAGGAGCCACAGCUGGAGCAGGAACAGGCUGGCACACAGCAGCAUAUGGGCUUGCAGCAGCAGAUGGGCACACAGCAGCUGGAGCCACAGCCCCCACAGCCAGAGCCACAGCCCCCACAGCCGGAGCCACAGCCUCCAGAGCAACCACAGCAGCCCAUGGUUCUGGUGGACUGAGAGUGGAGCAGGUAGAGGAGCAGACGAGGGCCUUUCCUAUCCUUGAUGUGGCUGCACAGAACCUCCUUGACAUUGGAGAAUGAGCAUGAGUCUUGGAACUGACUCCACUGAGUCUUACCGGUAUCCCAGUGAAACCACCUUUGCGAAAAUUACAACUGAGAAAAUUAUGAUAGCGAAAAGGAUCUGACCUAACCAACUCCAUCUUGCUUCUAAACUCCAAGCUGCCCUUUUCUUC